UCCCCCAUCAUAAAUCCAAUCACAGGUAACCCGACUAGACUAUUACUGCCUAAAUUAUAUUGACAGAUCUAUCAGAGAGGUCCUAUUUGUACCAACAAGGAGUAAUACAUGCAAACCAGUGGCCUUGCAGAUACUCAACGUUUUUCAAAGUCAAGAAAAAAGAAAUCAAACAAUGAUGCUAUCUGCAACCACGCUAGUCACAGUACUGCUCCUCGCAACAUUUGCUCUAGCUGUUGCAGCGAAACAAGAUUCUGUGAUGUGCUAUGGAGACCAGUCCAAGACUAUAAUUGGAGGGGCCACAGAAUCCACCAACAUCAACUUAGAUUGCCUGUCAUGCAAAGAGGCACAACUAUGCCCUCAGGGAACCAACAUAUGCUUCAGAUUGGCCGCAGAAUAUGUUUAUGUCUUCCAAGGUGGAUACACUUCACAGCCCCCGAUACCGCUACCCCAAGAGUGUCAACCAUUGCGAAUAGUCGAGGUGGAGUCUGGAUAUGAGUAUAUUGUGCAAUGUACCUCUACUUCACCGCACUAUAAACCUGCUCGUAUACACAUCGUUCUAAAUGAAGCUGAGAGUGAAUUUGUGAUUGACGGAGGAAUUGUAGAGGAAAAUGCUGUUCAAACGUUUGCCCCAGUUGCCGACAACAAUGUCCUGAUUAUCGAUGAACAUUUUGUACUCCAUAUCAUAUCGUUUUUGGCAGAAUCUAAUUCUGUUCUUAUUCAUGAUGCUGUCCACAUCACUAUGCCAAUACCCGAGUGCAAUACCAUCACUAGGCUCACUGCUGGACCUGUCAUAGAUAGCAACCUCCAGCUAAUAGUAGACUGCAACGUUACAGAUGGAACAUUCGCAAGGAAAAGAGUUCUAAUCGCAGAUAACUUUCGCACACCUCCCUCUGUUGAAGAUCUACCCGGCACUCACCUCUUAAAUGAUGUCGUUUCAUUCUCACCCGACGGAGACUAUAUACUCAGCGUAUCAAUCACACAGCUGACCAUUACACAAGUGAACGAGCUCACAAGAGUCCCGGGAAUUCUGACCUAUAAUGGACCGAUAGCACAGACUCUAUUUAUGACAAACACUCCACUACUAGUAUCUGUUCCUGGCGAAAAACGUGAGAUAAUCGAUAUACCACGAUUAUUUAGUAGCAGUUUUGAGGAAGGACAAUAUGUACUGCCUGACAGUGAGGCAGUUUGCCCUCAAGGAGAAUGUCCACCAGCUGUGUACAAUAAUGGCACGUUGUUCCUGUUCACUGCAGACCAUUCGUACCAGCUCCUCUCAGCAUAUGACGUCAGUAAUCCAUCAGCAAGUCCAAAGAGGAUCAAUCGAGUGCUAAGAACUACAGUGUACGAUGCUUGCUAUCCUGUGACUGCAGAUAUUUCCGUCCUGGACCCUCUGACCCCUCCACCCCCGCCCCCUCCUACAACCACACCGCCCACUCUUACAACCACAGUGAAGACAGGUGGGAUAAGUGGAUCUUCCCGCAGCCAUUUUUUAAUUCGAGAUCUUCCUGGAAUUAUCAUUGGAAGUAUCAUUGGAAUUAUUGGAGCGAUUGCAAUAGUUGCUGGUAUCAUCAGUGUGUGCUGUUUCAUUAAAACUCGUUCGAAGAACAAAAAUAAAAAAUUCACACAAGAAACAAAUUCUCAAAUUCAAAUUACUAUAUCACCCAUUGCAGCCAGCAACACAUUAUUCAGUCAUCCACAACAACACCUCAUCCCUGGCUCUGCAGUUACAUCAUCAUACCCAUCAUCAGCACCAUCUUUGGAGUACCUAGACACUGCGGUAGCACAGUCUGAGACUACAACCAAGCAUCACUCCAUUCCUCCACAGCAAUUGCUGGAGAAAGGAGCAAUCAAGCUAGCACAAAUGGUAGUAACAUAAUUUUUUUAUAUAGUAUAAUAUAUUAUAUUUAUACUAUUUAUGUUGGCUAUAAUAAUUAUUAUAUAAUGCUUAUAGUCACUUCAUUCGCGUUGUUAAUAAUAAUUGAAAAAACUUCA